GGCUGGCAGCACCAAAUUUAAUCGAGCUAAACUGAUGAAUGUAGGAUACCUAGAGGCCCUAAAAGAAGCAAACUGGGACUGUUUCAUUUUCCAUGAUGUGGAUCUGGUGCCAGAAAAUGACUAUAACCUUUACAUGUGUGACAGACAACCAAAGCACCUUGUAGUUGGCAGGAACAAUACUGGAUACAGGUUACGGUACCAGGGGUAUUUUGGAGGUGUAACUGCUCUGACAAAAGAUCAGUUUUCCAAGGUGAAUGGAUUCUCUAACAACUACUGGGGCUGGGGUGCAGAAGAUGAUGACCUUCGAAUGAGGGUUGAGAUGCAGAAGAUGACAGUGGUCAGGCCAUCUGCUGAUGUGGGCAGGUACACCAUGAUCUUCCACACACGAGACCAAGGUAACGAGGAGAACAGAGAGAGGCUGAAGCUUCUGCGCCAGGUAUCCAAGACAUGGAAGACAGAUGGGCUGAACUCCUGCUCCUAUAAGCUGCUCUCAGUGGAACAUAACCCUCUAUACAUCAACAUCACGGUGGAUUUCAGCACGGGGCCCAAGAUCUCCUAAGGGUGAGCCCCACAGAGGCCACUGGGAACGGCACCAG